AUGGGAGUUAAAAAUCUGUGGGACAUUUUAGAAUCUUGCAAGAAAACACUUCCUCUUCAACAUCUCCAGAACAAGAGGGUGUGCAUAGAUCUAUCAUGUUGGAUGGUUCAACUUCACAAUGUUAACAAAUCACACUGUUCUAUGAAAGAUAAGCUUUACCUCAAGGGUUUAUUUCACCGAAUUAGGGCUCUCAUUGCCUUGAAUUGUAGCCUCAUCUUUGUUACAGAUGGAUCAAUUCCAGGCAUCAAAGUAUCCACAUAUAGACGGCGGUUGCACUUGAACAACGAGGGCACUCGAGAAGAAUCUUCUUUAAACAAAAAUGCUUCGCUUCAGAGGAAUAUGGGCUCUGAGUUCUCAUGUAUGAUAAAAGAGGCCAAGAUUCUUGGCUCGGCACUGGGGGUUCCAUGUUUAGACGGAAUCGAGGAAGGUGAAGCUCAAUGUGCAUUGUUGGACUCGGAGUCAUUAUGCGAUGGGUGUUUCUCUUCAGACUCAGAUAUCUUUCUUUUUGGAGCAAGAACAGUUUACAGAGACAUUUGCCUUGGGGAAGGUGGUUAUGUUGUUUGUUAUGAAAUGGAUGACAUCAAGAAAAAACUUGGAUUCGGAAGAAACUCGUUGAUUGCUUUGGCCAUCCUUCUUGGUUGUGAUUACUUGUCGGGUGUCCAUGGGCUCGGUCCAGAUUCGGCAUGCCAGAUCGUUAAAUCUUUGGGGGAAGCUGCUGUUCUUCAAAGAAUCGCAUCAGAAGAGUUGUCACUUCUAAAGAAGGCAAUUUGUUCCAAGAAACGGAAUCAAGUACUUGGGUGCAACAAUAAAGAGAACAUCCCACCUCAUGAAUCAAACGGUAAUGGACAUAAAAGUAAUUUACCAAGGAAUUGUGAGUUUCUAGAAGUGAUGGAUGCAUACCUCAAACCAAAAUGCCAUUCAGCUGAUUCUCAAAUGGUACACAGGGUUCUUGGUAUGCAUCCAUUUCAUCGUCCCAUGCUUCAGCAGAUAUGUGCUCGAUUUUUUGAGUGGCCUCCAGAAAGAACAGAUGAGUAUAUACUUCCAAAGAUUGCCGAAAGAGACUUGAGACGAUUUGCAAAUCUGCGUUUCACUUCUUCUCACUUAGGAGUUCGGCUUCCAUUAGACAAGAUACCAGUGAAGUGCCCGGUUUCUGGAAUUGUUAAGCGCCGGAAAGCUCAGGGAAAGGAGUGCUUCGAGGUUUUGUGGGAAGAAGUUGAUGGACUUACUAGCUCUAUCGUACCAGGUGAACUUGUUGAAAGUGCUUGCCCAGAAAAGAUAGUGGAGUUCGAAGAGAAAAUAGCAGAAAAGAAGAAGCCAAAACCACGUAAACCAAGACCAAAGCCAUCGGAAAGGAACAAAUCUCUUAGCGAAAUUGAUGUCAAACUCCAAGAACUUGUGCUUGAAAUUGAAGGUGCAAGCUCUUCUGCUCACACUUUUCGUUUACUCGACGAACCAAUGGUCAACACGAGGUUAAAUGGUGCAGAGAGUUUGUGUGCGAUUGAGACAGAAAUCGUGAAUCUGUCUACGCCUUUGGUUGUUCGGAAAUCAAAAGGGAAAGGUGAAACGGAGAUCAUUGAUCUCUCAAGCCCAUUUCCGGUUAAUGUGAUCGAGUUAAGUGAGUCGGAAACAGAUGUGUCGCCUGAACAUAUGAAAAAGGUUCGAGAACUUAGAUCAUUUGUAGCUAGCAUCAGGGAUGAAUUCUCUUAGAUUCACAAAUGAAUACCCGAACUUAUGGUUAACUAUUUGGAAUGUAUUUAUGGUAGAGUGUACCAUAGUCGUAGGUAGAUCAUGAAAGACGAAGCAAAUGAAGUUGUUCAUUUUGGUUUGUGAUCAGACCAAAAUCCAUGGACCCGAAAUCACUGGAGCAUAGGUUUCAACUUUCAAGCCUAACCGCUUUCAGAAGUGUAUCUAUUAGAUGCAGCA